UUAUAGGACACUAUGUGUAACUGCUGCUCUGUCAGCAGUUUCCUGUGGAGUUUUUCUGAUGCCAGUGUUUCCUUUAGGAAGGAGGGUUUAACUGAUCUGAUUUGCUUAACAGUUUGCCACAUAAUUGAAGUAAGGAAGUAAUGAGUUAGAAAUCAUAUAGCCUAGCAGUAUUUCUCACUCUUCAGUCCUCUCUUCAUGACAGUAGACGUGUUUCGCUCAGUGGAGCCCCAGUUAGAGACAGAUAUGAUACCUGCAGUGAUAUUGAUGAUCCUGUUCUGGAGCACAGAUCUCCAGGCUCAAAGCGUCAGUCCACCAGCUGAAUACUCAGUCAGACUGGUGAAUGGGACCACUUCCUGUUCUGGGACAGUGGAAGUCUUCUAUGAAGGAGAGUGGACAGGUCUAUGUACUAGGUGGUGGAGCAUGAUGAGAGAGAAUAAGGUUGUGUGUAGAGAGAUGGACUGUGGGAAUCCUGUAUCUGUAUCUAGAGGACCUCUGAUUGAAGAUGGAAGAGGAGGAGUCAGACUACAUAGAUGUAGUGGAGAUGAGUCUUCUAUUAGACAGUGUAACAUCAUAGAAGGACCUGGUUUCUGUGAUGGUGAAUAUUAUCGUCAUGUGACCUGUUCAGAGUCUGUGCGGCUUGUGGAUGGAGCUGGUCUCUGCUCUGGGAGAGUGGAGGUGAAGUCCAAUCAGUCCUGGGCCUCAGUGUGUGAAGCUGACUUUGACCGGCAGGAUGCAGAGGUAGUCUGUAGGGAUGUUGGCUGUGGGGCUCCUGCAGCUCUACAGGGGGGGCUCUAUGGAGAAGGUGAGGGUCAGACCUGGGAUAAAGAGUUCCAGUGUAAAGGUAAUGAGUCCCUUCUCCUGGACUGUGACACCUCAGACAGAGAGAACAACACCUGCCUACCUGGUAAUGCUGUUGGACUCACCUGCUCAGAGCCUGAUGAUGUGAGGCUGGUGGGAGGAGGCAGUCGCUGUGCUGGUGGAGUGGAGUGGUACGAUCAGGGAGAGUGGAGGAUUGUGGGAGCUGAGGACUGGGACCAGAGGGAUGUAGCUGCAGUAGUGUGUAGACAGCUGGGUUGUGUCUCCACUGUUUCAGUACCACCUGGAAACACCACUAGAGGGUUUAGAGUUUCCUGUUCUGGGUCUGAGUCUUCACUGAGGGGAUGUAGAAGAAUGUAUGAUCUCCGUCCUGGACUCACCGUGAUCUGCUCAGAUGACUCCCACCAAGGGAACUACAGAUGUGUUUAUGACAAUUAUGUUUUCUCUCAUAACUUCUCCUCUGAGAGUGAGCUCCUCUCCCUCACCAUCACAGCCUCUCCUCUGCCAGCGUUCAUCAUCAGACACGUUGUAGUG